AUGCAGGGUGUGACUGUGUAUCCAUUGGCUGGCUACUUGGCUAUGGCCAUCGAAGCAGCAAAGAGACGCGCGGAGCAGCGCGAGGCCACAGUCUCCCAAUUCAAGUUCCGUGAGGUGAAAGUCCGCACCAAUGAGAAGCAGCAGACCACAGUCUCCAACAUCGCCGAGACCGAGCUGAAGCACAUGAUUGUUCGGACGAAGAAGGUGAUGACUGCCGCUACCUAUAAGGUAGAUACACAGAACAUGUACCGGGUUCUUUCCGAGGUCGGAGCCGGCUACGGAGCAUGCUUUCAGGGCUUGGACAACUGCUUCUCUGACCCGCACCAUUCACGUGCAGAUCUGUACAUCCGUGACACGAAAAAGGCCAUGUAUAAGGAGAGCCUGAUUAUCAGCGCCAACAUUCCUACUACCCCGGGGGACUUUGUUAAAGCCUGGUGUGUUGGUGGCCCCAGUCUGCCUACUCCCCAGCCCACCAAGUUUGACUUGUGGUUGACAUCCCAAGAUUCCACUGAGGCCCUGAUUAACGUGGAGGGACUCGUUAUGACUCCCAUGAAGGAUUCCAAUGCAGACGGCGGUGGAAACGUCGUCGACAUGUGCUACAAAAGGGAAUGGCAACCUCUGGCCGACGCUAAGGCUAUUUUUGGAGAAGAACGCCAGGAGCCUAUCGGCUAUAUGAACGGUCACGCUAUGGAGCCCAAUGCCCUUACCAAGGGCCACAAUAGCAAUGGAGAGCCCACCGAUAGACGCGUCGUCAAUGGUGAACUUACCAAUGGCCAUGCUAGCGACCAUAUAGCUCAGGGGGAGAAGGGGCACAUUAAUGGCAAUGGAAUCGUCGAUGGUGUCAAUGGCAUCCACAUCAAAGAGCUGUUGAUCAUGCAACCGGCGGUAUUCCUUGAAGCCGUCAAGGAAGACGUUGGCGGCAGCGUAGGCGGCUUGUCCGCGGUUCCCGAUGAUGCCGGCGACGGAGGAAAGCGCGACGGAGAAGUCGAGGGGUGUAUCAUGCAGUACGUGGUGCAGGUUCCAGGCUCCCUCGACUUUGCAGGAUGCGACGGCUUGGAAGUCGUCGAGGGGCUUGACGCUGAUGGCCGUGACAUGGGCGGCGAGCUCAUCGAUCAGAUCUUGGAUCUUGUGAUUGAUGGAUACGCUGCGGGGCACGAGCACGAUGUUACGCGCGCCCUUCGACGACAUCAAUCUAGCUAUGCUCCGGCCUAG